AUGGACAAGUGUCCUAGGAUCGAAUUUCAGAAAGGCACGCUCGAUAGUGACUAUAUCCCUAACGCUACUUUCACCUUGAAGGAUGAGAAUAGUUUUUACAACAAUCUCUCCGAGACCUGGGGCAUCGACAAAGAGUGGAUCACGAUGGGCAAGCGCUUGAUGCUCAUCAAUAACGGCUGCCAGUACGCCGGCGAAAACGCUCAGAACUGCAUCCAGUGGAACAACAACUACUUCAAGAACUACCCCAUGAUGAACGGAGACAAAGUUAAUACCUACAACCCUAAGGACAUCGUCGGUGAUUCAUACCUGAAGGCCCAGGAUAUGCUGUACCGCUUCCAAGAAAUGUCAAUUGCAGGUAUCUGGGACGAGCAAAUUACCGAAUCCGACCUUGUCGACUCGAUUUCGCUACCAGCCUUUUCUACCCAGGAAGCCAUUUCAGCCAUGGAGAAGAUUGUACAAAAGGCAGAGCGGGAAGAGAUUAUCCUCAACUUCAUCAUGGGUCUCCUGUUCUUCAUUCCCUUUGUUGGCGAAGCUGCAGCUGGGCUCACUGCCGUCCGAACCAUUGCCAGGCUUAUCGGCACAGUAGGAGACGCUGCAUUCACCAUUUAUGGCGUAUCCCAGGACCCAGAAAACGCCUUCAUGACUGUCUUUAGCACUCUUGCUGGUGCGGGAGUCGGACGGGGUGGGUUCAGGAGUGCGGCAAAAUCGAGGCGAGGGAUGAAAAAGGAAGACAACGAUCGUCUGGGACCAGUGAAGGGCAAGCUUAAUACUGUGGAGGACUAG